CACCGCAGUAUUACGUGAUGUCUGGCCAAUGGCUGAGCUGCAUUUUGUUUGGUUUGUGACGUAACACCCUGUGAUGUUUGACAUUCAUAGCAAGAAUUUCAAUCAUUCUUCUGGUGUAACUCACGUCGUAAGUUGUGAAUUUUACCCUUGAUUUUAAGCUGCUUUGCUAUUUAUUUAGUUUCUCUUGCAAGUUUACCAAGAAAACAAUAUGCGUGAAUGUAUCUCAAUCCAUGUUGGUCAAGCUGGUGUCCAAAUCGGCAAUGCUUGUUGGGAGUUGUAUUGCUUAGAGCACGGCAUCCAACCCGAUGGUCAGAUGCCAAGUGACAAGACAAUUGGAGGGGGUGACGAUUCGUUCAACACUUUCUUCAGUGAGACAGGAGCAGGAAAACAUGUUCCAAGGGCAGUUUUCGUCGAUCUGGAACCGACGGUUGUUGAUGAGGUUCGUACUGGAACCUACAGGCAACUUUUCCAUCCGGAACAACUGAUUACAGGAAAGGAAGAUGCCGCCAAUAACUACGCAAGAGGCCACUACACCAUUGGCAAAGAAAUUGUGGAUCUUGUUCUUGACCGAAUUCGAAAACUAGCGGACCAAUGUACUGGUCUACAAGGUUUUCUUAUUUUCCAUUCAUUCGGUGGAGGAACUGGUUCAGGAUUUGCUUCGUUGCUCAUGGAAAGAUUAUCCGUUGACUACGGAAAGAAAUCCAAACUUGAGUUCGCCAUCUACCCUUCCCCACAGGUAUCAACUGCAGUGGUGGAGCCUUACAACUCGAUCCUGACCACUCACACCACUCUUGAGCAUUCCGACUGCGCCUUUAUGGUCGACAAUGAAGCUAUUUAUGAUAUUUGUCGCCGAAAUCUCGAUAUUGAGCGUCCAACUUACACCAACUUGAAUCGUCUUAUCGGUCAAAUCGUAUCCUCCAUUACCGCCUCCCUCCGAUUCGAUGGCGCGCUUAACGUCGAUUUGACCGAAUUUCAAACCAACUUGGUGCCAUAUCCACGUAUUCAUUUCCCAUUGGUCACGUAUGCUCCAGUUAUCUCUGCUGAGAAAGCUUACCACGAGCAAUUAUCAGUAGCUGAGAUCACCAACGCGUGCUUUGAACCAGCCAAUCAGAUGGUGAAAUGCGACCCACGUCAUGGGAAGUACAUGGCAUGCUGCAUGUUGUACCGCGGUGAUGUUGUCCCGAAGGAUGUGAACGCUGCUAUUGCUACAAUUAAAACCAAACGAACCAUCCAGUUCGUCGAUUGGUGUCCAACUGGCUUCAAAGUUGGUAUCAACUACCAACCACCCACCGUUGUACCAGGUGGUGAUUUGGCAAAAGUUCAACGAGCGGUUUGCAUGUUGAGCAACACAACAGCUAUUGCCGAAGCUUGGGCUCGUCUUGACCACAAGUUCGACUUGAUGUACGCCAAGCGUGCAUUCGUUCACUGGUAUGUGGGUGAAGGAAUGGAAGAAGGAGAAUUCUCCGAAGCUCGCGAGGAUCUCGCUGCUCUCGAGAAAGAUUAUGAAGAAGUUGGAGUUGAUUCAGUGGAGGGUGAAGCUGAAGAAGCUGAGGAUGAAUAUUAGUUUGAUUGGGAUUGAAUUGAAACAAAAAUAAAGAAACAAAUUUGUGUUGAAA